AAGCUUUAACUUUAUUUAUCAAACAAAAUGUAGCUAAUUAUAAACAAUGCACUUAUAUUUGAUCCAGUUUUCUUUUGAUCCCUGCUCGUAGAACCUUUGUUGCGUAACAAGACAGCGAAAUUAACAUAUUGUAGUACGGAAAGGUCCCAUUGCAAUGACCCUUUGCUACUAUUGAGUAAUAUCAAAGAUAAAAUAACCUGGUAAUUCCAGGCAAUAGAGCCUCAAAUUCAUAUCCAUAUCGCAACCUGAAGUGGGUAAUUCGAAACAAUGUUGCCGAUUCAGCGGCGGCAAACAGCUGACAUUGCGGAGAUGAAGCAAAAAGCGGCCAAUACAGUACCUACCAGCCAGCCCAAGGAGUCAAAAGAAAAUGUAUCUGCUGCCAGAGAGAAAUCAGAAGAAAAUGUAAAUUCGGGGCAGCAGAACGGUCUACAGUUGCCCCAAGUCCCGUUGAAUUAUCGAAGAGACCCUGUCACGGGAAGACUAUUGGCGCAAGAUGUCGAGUCUUGUUUGAGAUGUAUAGAGAAGGGGCUUAUUUGCACACUCAAAUUCUUAGGAUUUGAGGAAGAAGUUAAGUGCGCUGCUUGCACAAGAUCUAACUCUGACUACUGCAUUCGGCAGCGCCCGCCUUAUAAGUGUUUUAGGUUCUUUGGAUAUCCCUGGAAUAGCCCGAACUAUUACACUCUCGGAGAAGUCCUCUCCCCAGUAGAACUGGAAGAGAUUCUACAAGAGCACUUCAUCGGCCAGAACCGACGCGCGCUCGCCGAGUAUUCGUACAUCUCGGGAUCUGUUCCGAUGGCCCUUCCGCCUUUUAACGGCAGAGACUUGCCGGCGGCGAAACGGCCCAAGAAUUUCGAGUCGAGGACCUGGAAGGAUGUGUUGCCGGCCCCGGGAAACAAAAGUGCUUUUCGUCGGAUGGAAGAGGAGAGCAAAGAGUAUGAGAGAAGAGAGGCAAUAUAUGUGAGGACCCCCUUUACCUCAAAGCUCGCCACCCCGUGGUCUCCUAUGUCCGCUGCCCCAGCUCAUGCAAUUAAGUACUUACAGGAAGUCCGCAGGUAUCCGGCCCGAAACCUUCAUGUAACUGAGUACCUUGCUGAUACGGGGCAGCAAUGGUGA